AUGAGUCAACAUGCCCUCCCUCAAUAUCCAUCAUCAUCACCUGAAGGAGAAGGUGGUGUUGAAAUGGACAAAGGAGAAAAACCAACCCAAUCCGAGAAUGGCAGUAAAUUCCACUUCACAUUCACGGCCUCAUCUAGUUUCUCUCCACUCACUCCAACCACAAGGAAUAGAAGGAAUUUAUCACUCUCAAAAUUAGCUUGGAGCUCUCCACAAGGUGGCAAUGACGAUAGCAAAGAUCCAAAAUCCAAGAGUUCUGUUUCAUCCUCCCCUAUAUCGGAACGAAUAAGAAGCCUUAAAAUCCACACGGCAUUGCUAAAAUCUUCACCACUUUUACUUGGUGCUUCACCUAGGAAAGAUCAUACAACCAUGACAUCAAACGUUUCAACUCAACAGAGCACAUCUACGUUGGAUUCUCACCUUGAUGAUAAUUUCACACCUUCACUAUUUUGUAAAUUAAUAUCAUACGACGAACUUUCCACUCAGGGUACUGACAAAAUUGUGUGUAGCAAAGUGGAGACCAUUGAGUUUCCAGAGUUGAGCAUAAGGCACAAAGUCAUGAAGGAAGAUAACAAAACUCUCUUUGACUACCCUCCUGAAGUUUCGUUGAUUCAAUGUGAAAGUGGAAUGGAUCAUUAUAUAUUUGUUUUCAGUAAUGGAAGUGUCUACGUUCUAGGCAGUAAUCAAAAGGGAGAAAUUGGUUUAGGCUUUGAGGUUGAAGAAAUUGAAGGAAUUUAUGCUCACAAAAAUAAGUUUUUUGAUAUUGAGAAAAAGAGAGGAUGUUUACGUGUGAGUUGUGGAGCUAGUCAUAGUAUUUUUGAAUGUGAAGAUGGAAAUAUCUAUGGAUGUGGGAGUAAUGAAAUGAACCAGCUGAGUUGCCAUGUUAAAACCUCAGAAGAUUGGAUACGUCCAAAAACAUGCAUUUACGAACCAACUAAACUAUUGAUCAAUGGUCCAGUAAAAGUAUUGGGUGCCAAUACGACCAUGUCAUACUCUUUUCCAAUAAGAGUAUGUGGCCCAAACACAUAUGGCAACAUUGGGCCAAGGAAUAGAGCGUCUGUGGUUGAUUUACAGACCUUAUUGGAUAAUUUAAUUUUUAAACCUUUCAAUAACUCGGAGAACAUAAGAGGGUCAUUGAUAAAGUCAUUUCCUUUGCAUAUUGGGACGACUGAGACCACUACUUGGUUUACAUUUGAGAGAGAACAAGAACAUUCUAAAGUUAUGGACAUUUUUGUUAUUGAAAAGGGAGUCAUGCGAUGUAUUCUAACCAUACAUGAUUCCUCUCACUUGAAGGGAAUGGUCUGUACCAGACAAUUUCCUUUGUUGCAUGUGUAUGAUAAGAAAACAAAUAGUGAUGGAUUAAUUAUGCCAUUGGAACUUGCUAAAAAGUUAAAGAAAGGCCCUUGGAGAAGCAUAGCGACCAAUUUCGAAGAUGCAGUUAAAUUGACAUUUAUCUCGUUCAAUUCUUUGGUCCAAACACAUGUGAAAAUUGAAAGAGUGCAAGCAUGCCCAUUCAACAAUGUUAUAAUUUUGCAUGAAGAAGGAGGAGAUACAUUGUGGGUGUGUAAAGAGAGCGCUUUCAAAAGUAUUAAUGCUCAACAAUUCUUAACAGAGGAAUGCUUUUCUUUGAGAAUGCAUGUGACAUGCUCCCAAAGCAAAAUGCUCAUUUACCUGAAAUGA